UAAAUAAAAUAAAAAUAAAAAUGAUAGAGAGAUAAACUGCACACUCUCUUCUUCAACGGACACAAAGCUCCGAUGGCAUUGGCGAUGGAUAUCCUCCGUUCUUCUCAUCUCUCCGCCGUCCGAUUUUUCGACAGCGGCGGCACUCGGACCCGUAGCUGCAACACCCGACGCUUCAACGUAAGGGCCAACCUUCCAUUUCCUCAGCAAAAUGCAAAGUAUCACAAAGAGCUUGAAGCUGCCAUUGAUGUUGUUCACACUGCUUGCCGUUUAUGCGUUCAGGUGAAAUCAUCUUUAUUCUCCACUGAUGGGAAGGUUCUUGAAAAAAAUGAUCAGACUCCAGUGACCGUGGCAGACUUUGGUGUUCAGGCUCUCAUAAGUUUAGAGUUAAGUAAGUUGUUCCCUUCUAUCCCAUUGGUGGCCGAGGAGGAUUCCGCUUUCUUGCGGUCAAGAAACUUAGUGGGUACCGUGCUUGAUGCAGUAUCUGCUGAAGCUAGCUCCACUUGGAAAACAUUGGCGCAAGAUGAUGUACUCAAAGCAAUUGAUAGAGGGGGCAAGGAUGCUUUUGUAUUUGGAUCAAAGCCGGCCACAUAUUGGGUGCUUGAUCCAAUUGAUGGCACACGUGGAUUUCUGAAAGAUAACAAAGCGUUAUAUGUGGUGGGUUUGGCUCUCGUGGUUGAAGGAGAGAUUGCAAUUGGUGUUAUGGGCUGCCCCAAUUGGCAAGAAGACUUAUCUAAAAAACCCUCUGCUGAGAUGGAAGAGGGCAAGGAAGCUCUUCCUGAAUCAGGAAUUAUGAUGAUUGCUCAUAAAGGCUAUGGAACAUGGACAAAAAAGUUAAAUAGCAACCCCAAAUCAGCUGGUGUGUGGACCAGAUGUGUUGUUGAUAGGUUUGACAUGGUACAUAAAGCACGCUUUUGUAUUCCAGAUAGUCAAUCAUGGGAAUCACUUCCAUUAUCUUCUAUAUUUAAUGCAACAAGCAAUGCAAAUGAUGUAGGGAGCAGCCAAAUUGUUCUUGUGGCAGCAUGUUGUGGAAGUUUAUGCAAGUAUUUGAUGGUGGCAUCAGGUAGAGCAUCUGUUUUCAUUCAACGUGCAAAAGAGACGACUACUAUCAAGGCUUGGGACCAUGCUGUUGGCAUGAUAUGCGUUCAUGAGGCAGGUGGAAAGGUAACUGACUGGGAAGGGAUUGAAAUAGAUCUUGCAGAAGAUCAACCUAGCCGGAGGAUCAUAUUCCCCUCUGGUGGCGUCCUUGUUACCAAUGGCAAUUUACACGAUCAGAUUGUACAGAUUAUCUCUCAGACUUCAAGAGUUUGAUGUUGCUGGGACUCAUUCAUUAUUUUGGAAACUUACUGUAUUGUUUGAUAGUUUAUUUCUAAUCUGUCACAUUUAAGACAGCACAUGGUACAGUAUAUAAUUCGUUUCCACUAUUUUUCUAGUGAUUUUAAAGGAUUUGACUCCUUUAAAAUGUGUAGAGAGUAAAGUGAAGAAAUCAAAUAUUAAUAUUUGAAUAUAUUUA